ACUUGUCCUCCGACUGCAUCCACCAAAACCCUAAAUCACCAAAAAUGCAAGCUGUUCGGAGGACUCAUUCGAAUCGAAGAAAAAUGCGCACUUCAGAAGUGAAAUUGCUAAAAGACAAUGAGUGCCGUAUCAAUGAACUGCCUGAUGGAGUUCUUUCCAACAUUAUCUCAUUACUUCCCUUGAAAGAGGCUGUUAGAACCUCUAUUGUGUCAAAAAGAUGGAGGUACAUUUAUGCUUCAAUUUCUAAUAUUGACUUUGAGUUUGGAGCAAUUCCUAUAGCCAAUGAAUUGGGUUUCAUGGAUUUUCUGGAUAGACUGUUCAUUUCCCCUGGCAGAUUGCCUUUACGCAAAUUUCGUCUCAGGUGUAUUCGUUCUCUCAAUGGUCGUGAGGCUUUCCGCCAUCGUCAUCAUGCUAAUCUUGACCCUGCCCGCCUUGAAAGGUGGGUGUGUGCUGCAAUUGGGCUUGGUAUUCAAGAGAUUUACCUGACUUUUACGCUCAAUCAGCUGCUUCUGCCUAGUAGUUUAUUUACUUGUACAACAUUGGUAGCUCUGAGAUUGAGAAAUGAUCACUCUGCAUCUGGUUUCCAAGUCCCUGCCAAAGUUUGGCUCCCGAGUCUGAAAAUUCUUGACCUUUACAAUUCUAUGUGCUUUUCCAGUGAUGAUUCUGCUGAAAGGCUGUUUUCCAACUGCCCUGUUCUUGAGGAUCUGGUUAUCAUCAGUUAUAUGGGACGCAGUGGUAAAGGCAAAUUAAUUGUUUCUAAUUCUACACUCAAGAGGCUGACAAUAGAAUCUGUAAACUGGAGAAAUCAUAGCAGUUUUGAGAUUGUGAUUGAUGCUCCAAAUCUUGUCUACUUCAAAUAUGCUGGAUGUGAAGAAAAUUCUCAUCUACUUCUUAAUAUGCAAUCACUUGCUGAGGCUAAUAUAGAUUUUCAGCCAAAUGUACUGGAUCAGAACAAUGUUCAUUCUGCAAGUGCCCUGACGAGAGGGAUAAGCAACAUUCACACUCUUCAUUUAACUUCUACUACCCUAUUUUGUUUUGAAGAGCUUGGUGUUCCAAUCCCUUUGUUCCCUAAUUUGACUAAUUUGAGAAUUUCCUUCAGGGAACCUUUUUUGGGCUUUCCCGGGUUACAGAAUUUUCUUGCACAAUCUCAUCGUCUAGAAAUACUUGUUUUGGAAUUGCGUUCUGGUGAUGAUAUAGAUGAACCACUUAAAUGGAAUCCUGAUCCCUGGUACGAGCUCAAGGACUCUGGAGCCAGUUGUUUAUUGUCCUUGAAGACAAUUGAAAUUCGAUCAUUUGAGGGGAGUGAAGAUGAGGUGAAAAUGGUUGAGUAUUUUCUGGAAAAUGCGAGAGUUCUAGAGAAAUUGGAAAUUCAAAUUUGGGCAGAAAUAGAAAGACGGUUUCUGAUAUCAAAGCAGUUAUUGGCACUACCAAGAGCCUCACAAAAAUGCAGAGUCAUUAUUGUCUAGGUAUCUCCAUCCUUCUGGUAUGCUGAAUUGCCUAUCGUUGUUUCUGUUGAUUUCAGUUUUUAUGAAGGCAUUCCAUUUUUUGGUUUUGGAUAUAAAUCGUUGUUCUCUUUGUAUUAUAGUCUUAAUUAACUGCACAAACCCUUUUGGUCAAUGUUGGUGAUGAUAUAUUACCAGGGACUUGUACUACCCUAAACUCUUUUGCUUUAUCCCAUGGAUCAGGUCUCUCCCCUUUACAAAGUGUAUUUUGUUCAGUGCAAAGUUAUCGAUUCCAUUCCAUGCCCAUAUACUGUACUUUUUAGUACGCUUCUUGUGUUUGCUUGUUUACAUUGUAGAGUAGCAGAGUUAGGACUGAUAACUGUGAAAGUUAAGCAUAAAAGCUCUCCAAAUAUGUAUGUGUUUGUUUGUAUUAUGACCCAGAUUAGAAACAAG